AUGGCCAUGAUCGAACUCGAGGCGUCGAACGCCGAGCUCAAGGCGGAUCUUAAGGAUCUUUACAUCAACUCCGCGGCUGAGGUUGAGGUUGCGGGCGGUCGUACCGCGAUCGUGAUUCACGUGCCGUACCGCGCGUUGAAGUCGUACCACAAGAUUCAACAACGCUUGGUGCGCGAGCUCGAGAAGAAGUUCAGCGGUAAGGAUGUGGUGAUCGUCGCGAACCGUCGCAUUAUGCCGGUUCCGUCGAACAACAUGGCGCGCUCGCGCCCUAGAUCUCGCACUCUCACCGCGGUCCACGCGGCGUUGUUGGAAGAUUUGGUUUACCCGACGGAGAUUGUCGGCAAGCGCCAGCGCUACCGAUUGGACGGCUCUCGCCUCCUCAAGGUGUACUUGGACCCGAAGGACCGCAGCACGACCGAGUACAAGCUCGACACGUUCGCGGGUGUGUACAAGAAGCUCACCGGGAAGGAAUGCUCGUUCCAGUUCCCGGAAGCUUAA